GCGCUGCAUGCCGAAGCAACAUGCCGGGUGGGAGGCAGCGGCGGGCCGCCCCGCCAACUCCCACGGAGAAGCGCGGCAGCGGCCAGUGGGUGAUCGUAGCCCCAGUAUCUGCUACUGAUCUCCCGAAAAAGGCAGGCUUUGGACCUUUGUUUACAAGACUGCGGAAUCCAAGUACAGGACAAGCAGCCCUUUACCUAUUCAGUAGUGAUGCUCAUCAGCUGUUUGAAGUAAAAGCUUUUCAUGAAGAAUACCGGUCUUGGUUUAUAGGUCAAGCUGUUCAGCACGAUGGACGCCUGUUCUUUGCUACACCAAUGGAUCCCUUAUUUCUUGUGCUGUUUUACCUCAUCAAGGCAGAGAAGGAGCAGGGAAAGUUUCAGCCACUGGACCAGAUUUUGAUGGAUGAGGAGUUUUCUUCCUGUGCAAUGUUGCUACGAUGCACAAGUCUUUCACGGUCAAUUCACUGCCUUGUAGAAGAAAAAGAAAUAGGUGGCAGGAAAUUUUAUAAAUACAGUGAGGAGAAAGCGUUGAAGUGGCUAAAGAAAAAGGUUGACCAGACGGUGAAAGUUUUAAAAGACCACAAUGUGCGUGUGGAUGGAAAGGUACAAUCGGCUACAUUCAUCACCGGUAAACACAGCAGUGAUGCCACAGAAGAGGACUAUAUUCGCUAUGCUCAUGGUUUAAUAUCAGAAUAUAUUCUUGGAGAGUCGAGUACUGCACUAGCUAAAUAUUUACGACUUCCAGAAGCUACAGCUCCUCCAGCAGAGCCAGCAUCAAAGAAAAGGAAAUUGUCAGAUGCACCUGUGGAAGCAGAGGAAGAUUAUACCAAGUUUAAUGCUAGUGAUUUCAAAAACAAGAAGGCAAGCAAUAAGAUGUCAGCUGCUCAAAAAGCUCUUGCCAAAGUUGACAAGAGUGGCAUGAAAGCAAUUUCCUCUUUCUUUAAUUCAAAAACUAAAGCAACAAAAUGAGAUUUGUAUUUUGAAUUUCUUUGUCAAAUCUCAGCUUCUUCGUAAUCUUCACUCUCAGUUUCCGGAUACUAAAAUUAAAAUUAGAGCUUCUCAAAAGUAAAAGUAUUUGAUCCUGAUACAAGCUUUAUUACUGUGAAACUUAAUAUUUUAUCAAAACAAAGUCAGGGCAACUGCCUGUAAUCCUCACAGGGAAAACUGGGUUUGAUCAUUUAUCAUUCUCCCCAUUAUGCUUUGUUACAUUGUUACUACAAGUUCCACACUGUAAUGUAAUGCAAUACAAUAAAUUCAUUUCAGAAACAAA